GCCAGACGUGGAUGAAUCCGACUGCAAUUACGUCCAGGUACAGAGAUCAGUCGAAAAAGCCCUGGUGUGCGUAUAGCCUGAGUGCGACCUGAUUCAUGGUUUCACCAUAGCUAUGAAGGGGGUGUAAAUUGACAACGAGGAGGGGGUUGGGAAGGGGGUUGGCAAGGGCAGGGGGGUGCUAUGUAGGGAGGGGAGAAAGGGGAGCGGGGUAGGGUGGGGUGCUGUCAAAGGAGAAAGGAUGAGGAAGUGGAGGGAAGAAAGAAAGAUAAAAAAAGAAGAGAAAAGGGAAAGGAGAGGAAGAAGGUGGUUGGUGGGUGUGUGUGGGAUCUGAGCAAAGAUCCCAGCAGAUAGCAGACAACGAAAUGUCGCUCGUGAGCAGAUUGCUCCUUCGGCGACAGAAAGGGCUGCAAGGGCUACUCUUCAAAGGCCGCCACGUGGCGUUGUCAUGUUCACCGCUGUCCCGUCUGCCACGUCAUCUGUCCAGACCAGACGUCUCGGCAGGUAUCGCGGCGCCUGAACAUGACAUCAUCAUUGAAGAGCGCGCCCCCUCCUCGUCCUCCUCCUCCUCCACCUCCUCCUCCUCUUCUUUGUCGUCAUUAUUGUCAUUGUCGGAUAGAGAUCGGGACUGGCGAUCAAUGGCCAGGGAUCGGAGCAAUCGGGAUCGCAACAUUGGGACCUCGAUCGGCGCAGGUCGCAAAUCAGGGUCGGCAGAGUGGGGAGUCUUGCCGUCGAGGGAGGGGAGGCACACGCUCGGGUCUUCAUGCAGCAGAUUGAUUAAUCACACGAUGACGAUGAGGGUCGGGGGGGGAAUGCUGACGUGGCGGUCGGACAGAAACCUGCAGCAGCAGCACAUGAUGAUGAUGACGUCUCGUUAUGGGAGCAGGUCCAUGGCCAGGGCUGCAGCACGCAAAAUUCAGGAAGAUGACGAGGAGGACGUCCGCCCCGACUUGUCGCCUGCUUUGCGACAAGCCCUGGAUCCCGAUGCACCCUUAGCAGAUGGCCAUGUCCUGUCCCGAUUCGACAGGGUGCCUAACUUGCAGGUGGUGGGCGUUCAACAAGUCUCUGGAUCUAAUCCGCAGCCAUAUCUGUCUCGACUCCGACGGAUUCUUCUGAAGCAAUACGUUCCUUUCCCGAUUCUUGUUGAAGCCGCAGUCAAGAGCAAGGGUGCUGCGCGGAAAGGUGGUGAUGCUCCCAUCUUAUGCAAUUCAGAAGGGUAUGUUCUGCGAAAGUUCUCAAGGAAAGAGCUGGAAAGCAAGGACAUCAUUCCAUUGGUGGAGAGUGUGAUUGAGAAGAGGAAUGCAAGGAGAGAGAGGCGUGCACGGAAGGAGGCUGAGCGAGCAGGUUUGGAGGUCGAGGUUACACAUACAGGACAGCAGGACACAAAACCCUUCCAGACGCGUCUGUUUCAGAAGAUUGUUCCCCCUGAGAUGAAUAACUGGCCCGAGACAUUGCUGUCCUUUCCAGGUCACAUCAGUGCCGAUCAAGAAGGAGGGAGACUGUUCAUAUCAGACUCAAACAACAGCCGUAUCAUUUUAACAAAUGCGGAGGGCAGGGUGCUUGAUGUGGCGGACCUUCGAUCCAGGACUUUGCACACAAUCUAUCCCCCUCUGGAGAGGUUGAAGUCAAGUCCGUUGCACACUGCAGUGGAGAAGAUGCAGGAAUGGUUGCAGUCCUGGAAUGCACCCGAGUACAAACCAGCCUGGUACAAGCAAGACAAGGAGAAGGAUGCGGGGGGUGUUGCGGAGACGAGGGCGGAGGCAAGCAAGUGGAUGAUGUUCCCAUGCGACAUUGCUCUCACAGCAAAUAACAAGAUUGCAGUUGCGACAGCAGGUUAUGGAAGUCUGUGCAUGUUCGAUUUCAAGAGCGGAGAGGUGAAAGUAGAAGAAGUUUAUGAGGAUGAAGAAGGUCCGUUGAACGUGCACUCAGUUUUGGCAGAGAUGAAGGUAUCAGCUAUGAUGAUGGAGCGUCGGCGGAGGGAGCUCUCGAAUCAGAAACGCUCCUCGAGAGGAGAGAAUGUGCCCAUGCCUCCAGAUGGCCAUCGCCGACCAUUCUUCUUUAUACCCUAUGAGGCUUCGUUUGUUAUUGCUGCUAAACCUUACCAUGACCCAGAAUUCAUACAAGGAAGUGCGGCCGACAUUUCGACGAGAGCAAACCCUGCAGAUGGUCGAGUGCAACAGCAGCAAUCGGAAAAAACUGAGGCGGCGGCAGCGAUCAAGGACCCACGGGGAGUAACAAAUGAAGGCGAACGUUUGAAUACUGACGUCCCCAGGGAGAAGGGUGAUCUCGAGGAGGAGCGGGUCACUGGGAAGAGGGAAGCAGUAGAUAUUCCAACGUACCGUAUACGUCCUGGCCGUUGUUUGGUAAAGAUUGACGUCUCGGUUCCUGAAUCUGCCACGUUGGCUUCUCCGGUUAAUGGCGACGCUGUAUGGAGGCAGGGACGAGGCAGUCUAGUGGAGUUGUCAAUGCUCAACGGCUACCUAAAAGACGCACAGGUGUCGAUGGCUCAGAACUGGGUGGAUGAGCUGGAUGCGAGAGGCUGGUCCGCAGGCGCUCUCUCAUCAAAGGACGCGAUGGAAGAGUCUAACGCAGCUAGGAACGACGACAAAGGCGUGGGCGUGGCAGUUGAUGAACCUGGACUUAUUUCUGAAGACGAGGAUGAGUACAUUGAAGAAGAAGACGACGAAGACGAAGAAGAAGAAGAACAAGAGGCGGAACUGACGCUUCCAGAACCUUCUCCGAGCGGAUUGCCGAUCUACUCAUUGCUCGAUGUCAGUUUAGGGACUGGGGAUGUAAGUGCAUCGUACACUUAUAACGGCUUUGGGUGAGAGGGGGGGUGGGGGGGCGGGGGGCAGAAGAAUGAAAUAUACUGUGAGCUGAGUGGGGUUGUCUUGUAUUAUCGUCUCAAGCUUUGAAAGCAUGGCCUGCCAUGUCUCGUCAUCCUGUAAAAAUGGACUUGUUAAUGAAGUAAUUAAAAACGA